AUGAACGGUGCAGAUGUUGCAGACCAACUACGAUCUUAUUACAACACGCAGCAAACAACUCGGCGAAAUUGGAUGCCACUUUUUUUUUGGCUUUUAAACAUGGCUAUUAUCAAUGCAUAUCGGAUUAUCAUAACUUCAGAAUUGACAAAAGAGCAUAAGGAGUUUCAUCUGAAGCUUGUUUGGGACCUUGUUAAUUUCGCAAAUGAUACUGGCAAAAUUCAACUAAGAAAUUCAACAAAUUCAAAUAAAACAGAAUCAAAAAAAGAAAUAAAGCAACUGAAAACAACAAAACAUUUUGAGAUCUCAGACAAAUGA